UUGGAACGUGCCCUCAAAAUUAUCGGGCAUCACCCCACGCUCGGCGUCAACAGUAAAGGGAAGGCUGUUAAGGUCCCCCACACUCUCAACAAAGCCACGGGCAAGGAUAGCGGUUCUCGGAGUGCCUUUUCGGUCACCAACUUCGGUUCAGCAACCAGGAACUAUAUGAAGUCUAUCAACCGCCUCGAAGAGUCAAUCGUCCAAGAACUCUGGGGACGCGCGAAGGCACUCGCUGCCACGAGGGGGCGUAAUGCGCCGGUCGUUUUGGACGACGACUCCGAUGACGAGCGUGCGCUCAUCUUCUGGUGGGUAUCGUUCUUUUUCUUUUUGAGCUUCUAG